AUGUCUGUACCUACUGAACAGUUUUCACAUCUCGCUUUUGUUGAACACAACCCUGACGCACGGUUGCUGGAUGAGAUGCGGUUCAACGAGACCACCCUGGAGGAGAGGAAGAUCCUCGUCAGGGACAUCAUCUCGUCGUUUGACGCCUACACCUUGCCGGCAGAAUUCAGACCGGACGUCUAUGAAAGGAUCACGGAAGAGCAGGCCAGAAGAGCACCCACUGAAUGGACCAUCCGAGACGACUUGCAUGCCACUCUGAUGCAAUGGGGAUCCCACGAUGAGACCGCAUGGACACUGCUGCGUAAGAUUUCACCCAGGGAUCGAGCACUUGGGUUUGGACAAAAGCUGCGGAGAAGGUUCAACGAGCAGUUCGACCGGUAUGAUGAAAAAGUGGCCCAUGCACGCCGUAUGACAGCAGCAGAAUUGAGGACAGAGAUCGCCGAGAUAUGUACCGAACUUCAAGCCCUUGCACGUGCUGCUACUACUGAGGCAGGCCGAUAUAAUAUUACAAUGGUGGUGCUUGAGGCUUUGGGAAAGGUCUGCGACCGGGACGACGAGCUUGAACCUGCUCGACGCAGCGUACGCCUAUCGAUGGAAGGUGCUACUGGUGGCGUUGACGUGGUCCAGACUCUCUAUCGCAGCCUGAUCCAGGAUGUCUCGAUAGACUUCAUGCUCGAUGCACUCGAUGUCAUUGGGGAGAAGUGGCCCAGGACGUUGACGACUCGCGAUGCAAAGGACCAAUUGUCACGUAUCACUGCGAUACUACACGAGAAGGCUGCUCCACACGAUUACCAAACCAGGUUACAAGCCCUUCUUGCAGGCUAG